ACCACCACCACCACCACCGGGCGCCGGCGCGUCAAUGGAGCGCUCGGGCGCUCUCGAAACGCGGCGCCGCCGCCGCCGCCGCUGCUGCUGCUGAGUGUUUACUACGCGCUCGCCGCCGCCGCCACGCGUGCGUCGAGUGUCAGCCGGUGCUCGCCUCGCCUCGCCUUACCGCGGAGUACGCGAUUGUGGGCGUGCACUCUUUGUGUCUUCGGCGCCCGCUCACGGUGGAUGUGUUUCAGUGGUGCAUGUGACUUCUCGUUAUUCUGCCUCGGUGUGCGUACUCGCUUGGCGUGUUUGUUUUGUUUAUUGAUUUUCGCUUCGCGCUGUUUCGCCGUCUCUCUCUCUCUCCCUCUCUGCGUUUCCGCCCAGGCGGAAUUCCGCUCCGCCGAAAACGCGGGGAGCGAAACUUAGACAUCGAAUCGGUUUGGUGAAGACAGUUCUCAACGGUUGCCUGGAAUCAUACAAUAACAAACCUGCAGUGUGUUCAAAGUUUCAACAACCAUCACCACCAUCUGCCUUUGUGACGGAAGGAGCCCGUGCCCAGCGAGCAGUGCAUCCGGACACCGCCAACGGCGGCGGCUGCUCGUCCUGCCUUCAAAAAACGUGUUCAUCGGUUCGAUCGGGCGGCUGCGGUUGCUGCUGGGAGGCGGCCGGUUCGCUGCGCCUGACAGAACGCGUGCGUGUAUGUUCGGCUUCCGGAAUGGUUCAGGUUCCUCUUCGUGCCCUGUGAACAAAUGUUACCAAAUAUUCGCUCAUUGAAAGCACAAUAAGAACGAAAGCGAGUGAGAACGUUUGUGAAAGGUGAUGCGUAUUCGGCUGCCUUUCUGCGACUUUGGUGCGUCGAAAUCCUGACGGAGAAGUAUCUCGGAGAAACUGAGGGUUUUGAACGUUGUGGUGUUUGUCGACCUGCAAGAUGGCGGCUACUUCAAUGCGUAUUCCCGGGAAACACCAGACCCCACUGAAGACUCUCAACAGAGGGAACAACUUCCUUCGCUCCCACCGGACAGCUAAUACAGAGAUGUUCCAGGGUCACUCUUUUCGUGGAGUUGACCGAAUAUUAUUCUCGGGGGAAGACAGAUAUAUCGCUCUCCACGGUCUGGGCUUGGAAUGGCAAUGUCAAUUACGGGAGAGUUCCUUUCGAGAGCGCAAUUCAAAGCCCGCCUUGGGAGACACUCGACGUUGCGGAGGCAUUGUUCGCAUAGCACGCGGCCAGCGCGUCGUUGUUCGCAUGCCUAAGGCUAUUGGCGUUCUAUUACCCAGACCGGAAGGUCAACAGUUCUGCUAG